CCAUCAUCCCCUCCUUUUAAGCCACCCUAAUACAUAUCACAUACAUGCAUACAUCAACACUUGUUACCUAGAUAUAAAUACCAUGGCCCAGUUCCGUCCAAGACAGGCUCCUGAGCCACUCCCAGAAACACCAAACCCCCCAACCCUCACCUCCUUGUCCCAGCAACUGAUCCGGGAGCACCAAUUUCUAGCUCACCAAGCCCAAUCAACCAACAUCCUCCGAACUGCAACCGCCGCUAGAAACCACUUGGAAGUCAUGCGGAGUUCUAACCGAUUGCUAGCUGCCCAAGACCCCCCAGCUCAGCUGGCCCCUGCCACUGUGGCAGCAAUGGAGGCAAUGUUUGCCAGGUCGGAGAGGCAACAGGAGGAACGAUUCGCCAGGUUCGAGAGGCAACAGGAGGAACGAUUUGCCAGGUUCGAGAGGCAACUCCAAGGACAAUUGGACCUAAUCACCAACCAACUUGGACUCCUCAAUCAUGAUUUAGCAUCCCUCAGACAAGGUCUCGCCAGAGCAGCUGCUCCUCAAGAUCAGCUCCCCUAAUUGUGCCUUCCUUUCCUACACUUGUGCCUUCUUGAGUUACAUAUCUGUCUGUUGCCCACCAUUAAUCUAUUUAAAUCUAUGAAUGCAACACACAUCGUGAUCAUCCCCA